AUGGUCGAUUUUGAAUCGCUAUUGGCAGUUGCUAAAGUUUGUAUGAGAUGGCAACAACUCUGUUUGACCCCCUGCGUUUGGGAUAAAACACGCCUCAUAGUAUGUAUGAAGAACUAUGUGAGGAUAAGUGAAAACAUAGUGCCUUUUGUCGCUAAGUAUGUGAAGAAUGUUAAACUACAGUAUUUCAAGUUAUAUUCUCAAGUGAGGGCUUCCUUAAUAAGCUACUGCCCUAAUCUGACUCAUUUAGAAAUAAGUAUAUCUCAAGUAGACAGCUGUAUCUUUGAUGAUCUAGGUUGCUGGCCAAACCUAAAGUUCUUGAGUUUUCGAAAUUCGCUAAUAGUGAAAAAUCCUGAAAAUGCAAAUGGUAAUUUUGUUUACCAUUUGCCAUUUGAUAAGUUACAGAAUCUGGAGACCCUUGUUUUGUCAAACUUUGCCCUCACACAUGAUAGUCUGUACAAGAUGUUACAGUGCUCCAAUUUAGUCAGUAUUAGUAUGGAAAAGAUGAAGAAUAUUCCAGCUGAUUUCCUCGAGUCUCUGCUGAGAACGAAACAAACAACUCUACGAGCUUUACAUAUUUAUGGAGACACUCUGAAUGAUGAUAUAAUGCGUCACAUAUCCAAUUGUAAAGCAUUGCAAGUAUUACACAUCAUGACAUGUAAAACUCUCUUUGAUUCAAGUUUAUUGCACUUGUAUAGACUAAAAAAUAUGCAUUCAUUAAAAUUACGACAUGGUUACUUCUCAACUAGUGCUCUUCUUGCAUAUUUUACCAAUAACUCAUUUCAAAAUCUGACUUACUUAAGUCUCUCUCGUUGUCUCCAUGUCACCAUGCAAGUAGCAAAAGCCAUUAAAACAAGUGCACCCAAUCUCCAGGAACUAUCAUUCUAUCUAUGUCCAUUUAUAAUAGCUCCCAACUUUAACAGGUCAGAAUUAGAGAAAAUGUUUCAAAUUCAGUUGUUACUUGAUUGA